AUUACAAAUAAUAAUUAAAAUAUUUUAUAACCAUAAAAUAUUCCAGCACAUUUCACACUCAAAAAACUCAAAAAAAGCACAAAUGUUCUCUUCUUGUUCUUCAUCCCACUCUUCUAGGAUCUCUCUUCAGAUGGAUUCUUGAUUUUUUGCUCCCCCUCUGGCAUGGAUUGUUAAAAAGAUUGAAUCUUCAUUUGGGAUUUCAAGAUUUUAGAUUUCUUGAAUACCUUUUUGAGGAAUUUGUGUUAAGAGUUGAAAAAAAUUGAAUCUUUUUAUGAUUUGGUUGAAAAAAAUUGGUUCUUUUUGUGAUUUAGUUGACAAAAAUUGAAUCUUUUUAUGUUUUGGUUGAAAAAAUUGGCUCUUUUUGUGAUUUAGUUGAAAAAAAAAUUGAAUCUUUUUAUGUUUUGGUUGAAAAAAAUUGGUUCUUUUUGUGAUUUUUUGAGGAAUUGUUGAUAUGGGGUUUGAGAUUUUUGUAGUUUGUUAGAUUUUUUGGAUACCCUUUUGAAGAAUUUGUGUUGAGAGUUGAAAAAUAUUGAAUCUUUUUAUGAUUUGGUUUGAGAUUUUUGUAGUUUGUUAGAUUUAUUGAAUGUAUUUUUAAGGAAUUGGUGUUGGAGUUGAGAAAAAUUGAUUAUUUUUUAUGAUUUGUUAGGUAUUUAUUUUGAUUUAAUUGAAAAAAGAGGUGUAGGAUAUAUAAUGUUGAAUUAGGAGAACCCCAUUUGGUGUUUUUUGUUUGGAAAGUUAGGUAGUUGUGGUGAAAUAGAUUAAGAGUUAUGUUUAAGAUAAUAAAAAGAGGGAAGAAAAGCUCAAAGGGGGAGGUUGUGGAGCCUCCGAUACCGAGCUCAUUGCCUAAUGUGUCGGUUGAUCAUGCUUCGCGAAUAGCAACGUCUGUUGUGGCAUCACAACAUGUUACAUUGGCAAAUGCAACGCCUGAUCCUAGUGUGGUUGAAGUCCUGCCGUUAUUGAAGGAGGUUGCACUCUCUGAACGACAUGUUUUGUUUAUCCGGAAGCUUCAGAUCUGCUGUGUGCAAUUUGACUUUGCGGAUACGGUGAAGUGUGCUAGACAGAAGGAGAUCAAGAGACAAACGCUCGCGGAGCUUAUUGAUUUAGUUCAGUCAAGUUCGUGUAAAAUGAAUGAAAUAAUGCAGGAAGAGUUAGUUAGGAUGAUAUCUCUCAAUCUUUUCCGUUGCUUGCCUCCUGCUUCGCAUGAGAAUACUGGGUCGGAAGGUAUUGAUGAAGAGGAUGACAUGUAUCUGGAUCCAUCAUGGCCUCAUUUGCAACUAGUGUAUGAGUUACUUUUAAGGUACGUGAUGUCGUCUGAAAUGGACACCAAGAUUGCCAAGCGAUAUCUUGACCACUCGUUUGUGCUGAAAUUGCUCGACUUGUUUGAUUCAGAGGAUCCUAGAGAACGGGAGUAUUUGAAGACUAUUCUUCACCGCAUAUAUGGGAAAUUCAUGGUUCAUAGGCCAUUUAUAAGGAACGGGAUAAACAAUGUAUUCUACAGGUUUAUAUUUGAGACGGAGAGGCAUAAUGGUAUCGGUGAAUUGCUAGAGAUUCUUGGAAGUGUAAUAAAUGGAUUUGCUUUGCCGAUGAAAGAAGAGCACAAGUUGUUUCUUGUUCGGGCACUUAUUCCUCUCCACAAGCCUAAAUGUGUUUCUGUAUAUCACCAUCAGCUGUCCUACUGCAUUGCUCAGUUUGUUGAGAAAGAUUACCGAUUGGCGGAUAUCGUCAUCAGGGGUUUGCUAAAAUACUGGCCAGUUACUAAUUGCGGAAAGGAAGUUCUCUUUCUCAAUGAACUGGAAGAAAUCUUGGAAGGCACCCAGCCUGCUGAAUUUCAGCGCUGUUUGGUUCCCCUUUUCAAGCAACUAGGACGAAGCAUCAAUAGUCCCCAUUUUCAGGUUGCUGAGCGAGCUCUGUUCUUAUGGAACAAUGAGCAUAUAGUAGACUUGAUUGCGCAGAAUCGACGUGCAAUUUUGCCAAUCAUCUUUGAGCCACUAGAAAGGAAUAUGUAUGGUCACUGGAAUCAGGCAGUCCACGGACUAACCUCCAAUGUCCGGAGAAUGUUCUUGGAGAUGGAUUCAGAACUUUUCGAGGAGUGCGAAAAGGAUUACAAUGAAAGAGCAGCCGGCGCCAUCUGCCUAGUGGAGCAGCGCAAGCUUGCAUGGAAGAAAUUGGAAGAAGCUGCUGCACUGGUGAAGUAGAACAUGUUGCAACAGCUUAUUGAGUCCAGCUGAGCUCCGUGCAAGUAAUACGCCUCUGCGUAGAACAUCUCAAACUGCCUGAUGAUGGCUUUUGACUUUGCAAACUGAAGAUGAACCGCUCCAAAGUUUUUUUUUUUCCGUGCUUCCUGCUGUGUUUCCAUAAUUUGAGCGAGGCAAGCUGAAGGUAUGGGCUUUGUGAUAUCUUUCCUCGACAGACAUAGUGUGAAAGUUUUGUUUAUUUUAGAUAUUCAAAGACUAUUAUUCUUUAGCAUUUUAGUACUAACCAAUAAUCAAAUUUCUGGUCUUUUGUUAUCACCCCCCUCCCACAACCUUCCUCUAGGACACAAAAAUGGGAUAAAGAAAUAUAUUAUUCCACGGUUUCUUUACUGCCCAAAUUUUUGUCUGAAAUAUUUUUCAAUAGUGAUAAUCUGCUUAUUGACUGUUUUUCUUCUGGUUCCUCUA